GCUACGCCCCGAGAAGAAGUGGGAGGCUUGCCCCCUGAAAAGGCUCAUUGUAAAGAGGGAUGAGAGUGUGUGCGCAGCCUGUGAGUGUGUCCAAGUGUGUGUGAGCGUGUGGACCCCCUCCUCCUUAACUAGCUGGUCAGCAGUGGAGGGAUUAGGAAAGCCACCCCCGCUCACUCACUCAGUCACUCCCUCAGUCACUACUAACUAAUAGACGGAGGGCUGCAGUAAUCGUGAAUCAUGCUCGUCGUCGUUACUGCCGGCUGGGAGUGGAGCCGAAAUUGUGCAAGAUACGGAUAACUGCAAAGAAAGGUCCGAGUGAGUCGAGUCACGUUUCCAGGUUUCUUCCCUCUGUCGUCAAAAUGUUUCAUCAGGAGCUCCGCCGCUGCCGCCGCCGCCGCCGCUCGGACCCGUCGCAUUAUGUUACUUCCCUCACAUGUGCUUUAUGUUGAAGAAGAAGAAUAAGUGACCUGGAUAAACCUGCGAGGAGGCUGCGAGUGCGACUGAGCAAAGCGAAGAGCGUGCGGAUAUUUCCCAUUAUCGCCGUGCAGUUUUUUUUUUUUUUUCCCCUCAAGUGGACGAAAAGGGGGGAGGAAAAAAGUUGGGGUUUCUGGUCAAAGUGGAAUCAUGGGGAACGCAGGGAGCAUGGACCACCACACUGAUCUCAGGGGACACAGCAUGCCCCUGAAACUCCCCAUGCCAGACCCAGGUGAACUGGAGGAGAGAUUUGCAAUCGUUCUGAACUCAAUGAAUCUUCCUCCAGACAAAGCGCGGCUCUUGCGGCAGUAUGACAAUGAGAAGAAAUGGGAACUGAUCUGCGAUCAGGAGCGAUUCCAAGUGAAGAACCCGCCUCACACGUACCUCCAAAAGUUGAGGAGUUAUCUAGAUCCAGCAGUCACAAGAAAGAAAUUCAGGCGAAGAGUACAAGAGUCCACCCAAGUCCUGAGAGAACUGGAAAUUUCGUUACGGACCAAUCAUAUAGGGUGGGUCAGAGAAUUCCUAAAUGAAGAGAACAAAGGCCUGGAUGUGCUGGUGGACUACCUUUCUUUCGCACAGUAUGCUGUCACUUUUGAUGGUGACUGUGUGGAGAACAACCCAGAGGCUAUGAUGGAUAAGUCUAAGCCGUGGAGUCGCUCUAUAGAAGACCUGCAUGGAGGAAGCACCCUACCAUCUCCCAUCACUGGGAACGGUAUCACCCGAGUGGGGCGACAUUCCACAUUACGUCAUCUGCUCUUUUGUCUGCCAGUCUUCAACAGCAGGACACCAAGUGCACUGAGCUGUCCAAAGUGUUCUCAGUUAAGACGUUGCAACACAUUACCCAGCCGGAGAACGCUGAAAAACUCCAGACUGGUCUGCAAAAAAGAUGAUGUCCAUGUCUGCAUCAUGUGCCUGCGUGCUAUCAUGAACUACCAGUAUGGCUUCAACAUGGUCAUGUCACACCCGCAUGCUGUGAAUGAAAUUGCACUAAGUCUCAACAAUAAAAACCCAAGAACCAAAGCUCUGGUCUUGGAGCUCCUGGCGGCAGUUUGUCUCGUGAGAGGAGGCCACGAAAUUAUUCUCUCUGCCUUCGACAACUUUAAGGAGGUAUGUAUGGAGACACAGCGAUUUGAGAAGCUAAUGGAGUACUUCAAGAAUGAGGACAACAACAUUGACUUCAUGGUGGCGUGUAUGCAGUUCAUCAACAUUGUCGUGCACUCAGUGGAGGACAUGAACUUCAGGGUUCAUCUACAGUAUGACUUCACCAAGCUGUGUUUGGAUGACUACUUAGAUAAACUAAAGCACACAGAGAGUGAUAAGCUGCAGGUUCAGAUCCAGGCUUACUUGGAUAAUGUGUUUGACGUGGGAGCCCUUCUGGAGGAUGCAGAGACCAAAAAUGCUGCCCUGGAACGGGUGGAGGAGCUGGAGGAGAACAUAUCACAUAUGACAGAGAAGCUGCAGGACAUGGAGAAUGAGGCCAUGGCUAAGAUUGUGGAGCUGGAGAAGCAGCUGAUGCAACGAAACAAGGAGCUGGAAUCCAUCAGGGAAGUCUACAAAGACGCCAGCGCACAGGUACACUCACUCCGACAGAUGCUGAAGGAGAAGGACGAGGCCAUCCAGCGACAAAGUAAACUCGAGAAGAAGAUCCAUGAGCUGGAGAAGCAGGGCACCAUCAAGAUCCAGAAGAAAGGAGAUGGGGACAUUUCAAUCCUGACUUCGCCACCCUCUACUGCAGAGGGCUCGCCAGGUGCUCUGACUGGAGGAAACGGUGUAGCUGUCAGUCCAAGUCAUGUUGCAGUUGCAGCGGGCGCGUCUGUUCCACCUCCACCGCCUCCUCCACCCCCACCACUGCCAAUGAACGGCACGUUGUCAAACGGGCCAACAUCAGCAAUUCCAGCAGCAGCAGCUCCCCCGCCUCCGCCACCACCCCCUCCACCUCCACCUCCACCCCCACCCCCAGGAAUGGGAUCAGAGAUAUCAGCCCCUCUUCCUCCUCCCCCUCCUCCUGGGGCCCCUCCACUGCCUGGCUGUGGGACGCCCACUGUCAUCAUGAACUCUGGGUUAGCAGAGGGACCCAUCAAGCUCUUCUCUGUUAAGAUCAAGAAACCCAUCAAGACCAAGUUCCGUAUGCCCGUCUUUAACUGGGUGGCCCUGAAACCAAACCAGAUAAAUGGGACUGUCUUCAAUGAGAUUGAUGAUGAGAGGAUACUGGAGGACCUGAAUGUUGAUGAGUUUGAGGAGAUGUUUAAGACGAAAGCUCAGGGCCCGUCCAUCGACCUCACUGCAAGCAAGCAGAAGGUCAUCCAGAAGGGGCCCAACAAAGUGGCUUUGCUGGACUCCAACAGGGCAAAGAACCUGGCCAUCACACUGAGGAAAGUGGGCAAGACAUCUGAGGAGAUCUGCAAGGCUAUUCAAUUGUUUGAUUUACGGACUCUGCCGGUGGACUUUGUGGAGUGUCUAAUGCGCUUCCAGCCCACGGAGAACGAGAUUAAAGUCCUGCGACAGUUCGAGAAGGAGCGCAAGCCUCUUGAAAGCUUGACAGAUGAGGACCGCUUCAUGAUGCAGUUCAGCAAGAUCGAGAGGCUCAUGCAGAAGAUGACCAUCAUGGCCUUCAUCGGCAACUUCACUGAAAGCGUGCAGAUGCUUACACCGCAACUACAUGCAGUCAUUGCCGCAUCUGUGUCCAUCAAGUCAUCUCAGAAGCUAAAGAAGAUUUUAGAGAUUAUCUUAGCACUUGGAAACUACAUGAACAGCAGCAAAAGAGGAGCGGUGUAUGGAUUCAAGCUGCAGAGCUUAGACUUGCUACUUGAUACCAAGUCUACAGACCGCAAACUAACAUUAUUACACUACAUAGCCAAUGUGGUAAAGGAGAAAUACACACAAGUUUCCCUUUUCUACAACGAGCUGCACUAUGUGGAAAAAGCUGCAGCAGUGUCGCUGGAGAACGUCCUGCUGGAUGUUAAGGAACUGCAGAGAGGCAUGGACCUGACCAAAAGAGAAUACAGCAUGCACGGUCACAACACCAUGCUCAAAGACUUCAUCACACACAAUGAGAGCAAGCUAAAGAAGCUGCAGGAUGAUGCCAAGAUCGCACAGGAUGCUUUUGAUGAGGUGGUGAAAUUCUUUGGGGAGAGCUCCAAAACCACCCCCCCAUCCGUCUUUUUCCCUGUGUUUGUGCGAUUUGUUAAGGCCUAUAGGCAAGCGGAGGAGGACAAUGAGCAGAGGAAAAGACAGGAGCAGAUUAUGUUGGAAAAACUUCUGGAACAAGAAGCAAUGAUGGAGGAAGACCAGAAGUCUCCAUCCCAUAAGACCAAGCGGCAGCAGCAAGAGUUGAUCCAGGAGCUCAGGAGGAAACAGGUGAAAGACAGUCGCCACGUCUACGAAGGCAAAGAUGGAGCGAUUGAGGACAUCAUUACGGUGCUGAAGACCGUGCCCUUUACCGCCCGCACAGCCAAACGUGGCUCUCGGUUCUUCUGCGAGUCCGCUCUCAAUGAGGAGUACCAUUACUAAGCUUAUAGAACUCUAUCUUCUCAAAGAUUUGAGGAAUCAGCCUUACAGGCGAGCGGACGCCGUACGGAGGAGCGUCAGGAGACGCUUUGAUGAUCAGAACCUGCGGCCGGUCAACAAUGGCGACGUAGUCAUGUGACGAGGGAACAGUGCAUGUGCUAGGGCUGGGGAUGGGGGAAGGUAUUGAGAGAGAGUAAGGAGUGAAAAAAAGACUGAUGCGGAGUGAAGGAUGGCAAGUGAAAGACAGGUGUUUGUAGCAACAAGUGAGAUGAUUAUGUAUAUAUAUUACAUAAGAAUACUCAAUAUUCCACGUCUGUUCUAUAGUAGUAGCAGCGUUUCAUUAUGAAGGACUGGGACAUGUAUGGGAUAUUAAAGUGUCUGAAAGGUUGAUUCAAAAACCUGUGACGAGCCAAGUGCCUGAACUUAUUUUUGUGGUUUCGUUAUCACGUUGUCGUGUUUGUCUAAUGACUGUUUUUAAUAAUCCCACUCUGAGCAAUACAAGUUGACUCAGCUUUAAUUUUUAAGAUGUGUAAAACGGACAUGCAGUGGCCUUACGAGCCACGUGAAACGAUGUUACUUUGGAGAGAUGAUGUAGAAUGUACGGGACGUGUUCCCUUUUAGUUCUUACAAAUAUUCCGUCUUUUAAUGGAGAGGUUUGACACUCUGAAGUAUUUCAUUAUU